AUGGCGUCCUGCGUGGGGAGCCGGACCCUAAGCAAAGACGAUGUGAACUACAAGCUGCAUUUCCGGAUGAUCAACGAGCAGCAAGUGGAGGACAUCACCAUCGACUUCUUCUAUCGUCCACACACCAUCACCCUCCUCAGCUUCACCAUCGUCAGUCUCAUGUACUUCGCCUUCACCAGAGAUGAUUCUGUUCAAGAAGAUAAUAUUUGGAAAGGCAUCCUCUCUGUUAUUUUCUUCUUUCUCAUUAUCAGUGUGUUAGCUUUUCCCAAUGGUCCUUUUACUCGACCACAUCCUGCUUUAUGGCGAAUGGUUUUUGGUCUCAGUGUGCUCUAUUUCCUGUUUCUGGUAUUUCUUCUUUUCCUGAACUUUGAGCAGGUAAAAGCUGUGAUGUAUUGGCUAGAUCCAAACCUUCGUUAUGCCACACGAGAAGCUGAUAUCAUGGAAUAUGCUGUCAAUUGUCAUGUCAUCACCUGGGAGAGGAUUCUCAGUCAUUUUGACAUAUUUGCAUUUGGACAUUUCUGGGGCUGGGCUAUGAAGGCUUUAUUGAUUCGGAGUUAUGGAUUAUGCUGGACAAUCAGUAUUACUUGGGAGCUAACUGAGCUUUUCUUCAUGCAUCUCCUGCCUAAUUUUGCUGAGUGCUGGUGGGAUCAAGUCAUUUUGGACAUCUUGUUGUGCAACGGAGGUGGCAUCUGGUUGGGAAUGGUAGUUUGCCGUUUUUUAGAGAUGAGGACUUAUCACUGGGCCAGCUUCAAAGACAUUCACACCACCACAGGGAAAAUCAAAAGGGCUGUAUUGCAGUUCACUCCUGCUAGCUGGACAUAUGUUCGGUGGUUUGACCCCAAGUCUUCAUUUCAGAGAGUGGCUGGAAUAUACCUUUUCAUGAUCAUUUGGCAGCUGACUGAAUUGAACACCUUCUUCUUGAAACAUAUCUUUGUGUUCCAUGCAAGCCAUCCAUUAAGUUGGUGUAGAAUUCUCUUCAUUGGUGGGAUCACUGCACCUACUGUUAGACAAUACUAUGCUUACCUCACUGACACACAGUGCAAACGAGUGGGAACACAGUGCUGGGUAUUUGGAGUCAUUGGUUUCCUGGAAGCGAUUGUUUGCAUAAAAUUUGGGCAAGAUCUCUUCUCCAAAACUCAGAUACUUUAUGUCAUGCUCUGGCUUCUUUGUGUGGCUUUUACUACUUUCCUGUGUUUAUAUGGUAUGGUUUGGUAUGCAGAGCACUGUGGUCACCGAGAAAAGACAUAUUCUGAGUGUGAAGAUAGCCCCUACAGUUCAGAUGUCUCCUGGCUUCAUUCUAAGUUUACAAAAGGUACUGAAGAGAGCCCACCCAAACAUGCGGGAAAUAAUGAAAGCCAUUCUUCCAGAAGAAGGAAUCGCCAUUCUAAAUCAAAAGUAACCAAUGGAGUUGGGAAGAAAUAAUAAAACAAAAACCCUGGUUUAUCAAAGAUGUUCCAGAGAGUGCCUAGAAUUGAGAGUGACACUGGACUAGUUCUAACUUCCCUGCUAAGAGGUUAAUAUGCAUAGAGAAGACCAGAGGAGGGGAAGGAAAAUAGACUUGGAGUGGGGGAGUCCUUGAGGGAAGGCUAAUCUUCUGUUUCACCUGGAUCCUGUAUUUC